AUGCCUCCAGGAACAGGGAAGAGCGUCUUCCUGGGGAAUAUUCCCUACAAUCUCACGGAGGAGCAGGUCAAGGACAUUCUUAGCACAGCUGGAACGGUCACCAAGUUCAGGCUCAUGAUGAACCCGGAGACAGGCAAGCCCAAAGGAUACGGGUUUGCCGACUUCUCAGACGCCGACGCUGCUGCUUCGGCAGUUCGAAAUCUGAACGACUAUGAGAUCAUGGGACGCAAAAUCCGAGUGGAUUGGCCUCAUAACAACGAAAAGGACUCGGUCCCAGAGGACUAUUCAGAAUCGCAGCCGGUAUAUCAACAACAGCCGAUGCAAAACCCGAGCUCUCUCCCUCCUCUACCACCGGGUGUGGAAAUCCCGCCGCACCUUGACUGCCCCAAUGCAAUUUCUCAAACGCUAUCGCAACUUCCUCCGAACCAACUGCUGGACGUCCUCUCACAAAUGAAAUCGUUGGCAGUCACGGAUCCGGCGCGGGCAAUGGAACUCCUCAGGACCGCACCACAACUAGCAUAUGCUAUUUUCCAAGCUCUACUUCUCAUGAACCUCGUCGACUAUAGCACACUUGGCUCUGUGGUUGAGCAGGCGUCGCAGCCAACAGCUCCGCCGGCAAACCAGCCCUACCAACAACCCUAUGGAGCAGUCCCAGGACAGGUGUCAACUCCACCCAUUCACAACACCCCGUUUGCACCACCGCCGCCGCAACAACCUCAGCAACCCGCUGCAGCUCCUCAGCAAAUGCCAGGGCAGGAAGAGCUACUGCAACAGGUGCUAAGCAUGCCACAAGCACAGAUAGAUGCUCUGCCGCCAGUCGAGCGCAGUCAAAUUCUUCUACUACGGCAACAACUACUACAGGGGGGCAUGCGAUGA